AUGAUAUCUGGCAACAGGGGUGAAGCAGGACCAAGAGGGCCUCCUGGACCGUCCGGUCAACCAGGACCUACAGGGGGGCAGGGGGCCCCAGGAGACGUUGGAGACCCAGGAUCCAUGGGUGGCUUUGGUUCCAGAGGACCUGAGGGCCCACCAGGAAAACCAGGACCAGAUGGAGAAUCUGGCCCAACCGGAAUAGAUGGAGAUACAGGAGCCGCUGGAUCUGCCGGUGCCAGAGGUUUCCCAGGACUGCCAGGUCUCCCUGGACUGAAAGGCCUUAAGGGUCAUGCAGGUCUUCUAGGAGCGAGAGGUCAAUCUGGUGCUGCUGGGUCAAAGGGCCCAUCAGGUACUCCUGGUGGAAUGGGGCCCCCUGGUCCUGCGGGUCCAGCAGGAAUGCAAGGGGAGAGAGGAAGGAGUGGCACAACUGGACCUGUGGGGAAACGUGGUGAAUCUGGACAUAUUGGGAAAGCAGGACCACAGGGUCCUAUGGGGAUCACUGGAGCUCUAGGAUUCCCAGGUAGUCCAGGUAUAAAGGGGCAACCAGGGCCCCAAGGAGCACGAGGAACAGGGGGCCAGCAAGGACCAAGAGGCGAGGCCGGACGCGUGGGAUUGGCUGGAGCUACGGGAAUUCAGGGUCCAACAGGAACAGAGGGUGCUGCCGGAGCCAAAGGACCAUCCGGAGCUCCAGGUAUCCAGGGUCUGACUGGACUGCUUGGCCCCGCGGGGCCCCCCGGACCACAGGGAACCACUGGACUGCCCGGGCCUAAGGGCCAACUGGGUGAUUUAGGCGUUCCCGGAUUCAAAGGAGAGGCUGGAUUCAAAGGAGAAUCUGGUGCACCUGGUGAUCAUGGAGCGCUGGGUCCCAUGGGAGAGGAGGGGAAGAGGGGAGAACGGGGUGACGCCGGGACUUCAGGCGCCGCUGGACCCAAUGGAGAGAGAGGUGCUCCUGGCAGUAGAGGUUUUCCUGGUCAGGAUGGGCUACCUGGUCAAAAGGGUGCCCAAGGUGAGCGAGGACUGGGUGGGUCAUCUGGUGCCAAAGGUGCUGAUGGUGACCCAGGACGCACUGGAGAGCCAGGUCUUCCAGGGGCACGGGGUCUGUCGGGUCUUCUCGGCUCCCAGGGUCCUGAGGGACACCAAGGACCAAUGGGAGGAGGAGGAGAGGAUGGGGGUCCAGGGCCAGCAGGGUCAGAUGGUACCAGAGGUCCAGCUGGAACCAUGGGUGUAGUAGGACCAAAAGGCUUUACUGGAGACCCUGGUAAGGCAGGAGAAGUGGGGACCCCAGGUGUUGCAGGACAGAGGGGGGUUAAUGGGAAAGCUGGAGAGAUGGGCGCUGGUGGCACUGCUGGUCCAGCAGGUCUACCUGGAUCUGCUGGUCCACCCGGAGAGUCUGGGAAACCAGGUGCUGAG